GAAGCUUGUUCUGCUGUUGAGUUGAACAGACUGUGUGCAGGUCAGAGGGAGAUGGACAGCUGUGUGGUUUUCAUUCUUCUGUUCUCCACAAUCUCACUCACCACAGCUGCCAGUGUGAGAUUGGUGAACAGUAACAGUCGCUGUGCUGGGAGAGUGGAGGUUCUUCAUGAUGAUCAGUGGGGAACAGUGUGUGAUGAUAACUGGGAUAUGAGUGAUGCUGCAGUGGUGUGUAGAGAGCUGGCCUGUGGAGAGGCUGUAGAUGCACUGGGUGAUGCUCACUUUGGACCAGGAUCAGGACCAAUCUGGAUGGAUGAUGUUGGCUGUAGUGGAUCAGAAUCUACACUGAAGAACUGUAGAUCAGCAGGAUGGGGGAAAUCUAACUGUGGUCAUUCUGAAGAUGCUGGAGUCAUCUGCUCCCGUCACAGAAAAUCAAGAGUUGCUAAUGGUCCUCAUCUGUGCUCUGGGAGAGUGGAGGUGUUUCAUUUGAGAACCUGGUCCACAGUGUGUGAUGCUGACUUUGACCAGCAGGAUGCAGAGGUUGUGUGUCGAGAGCUGGGCUGUGGGCUUCCUGUGGAGGUGCUGGGAGCAGCUGCUUUUGGCAGAGGGGAGGGUCAGGUGUGGACAAACAAGCUUCAAUGUGGAGGAUAUGAAUCUGACAUUACUCUCUGUCCAAUAUCAUCUUUAGUUAAUCAAAACUGCAAUCAUGACCGUGAUGUGGGACUGACGUGUUCUGGUUACGUUCAGGCUCGACUGGUGAACAGCUCUGACUCCUGUUCUGGUCGAGUGGAGCUCCAGAACCCCAGUGAGUGGGGCACAGUGUGUGAUGUAAGCUGGGAUAUGAGAGCUGCCAGUGUCCUCUGUGGUCAGCUGAAUUGUGGGAGUGCUGUAGCUGUGUUGGGGUCAGACUGGUUUGGGGAGGGGAGUGGCCAGAUCUGGGCUGAUGUGUUUGAUUGUCAGGGGAACGAAACACACCUGUCAAAAUGUCCCAUUUCAUCAUGGAGUCGAACUGCAUGCUCUCAUAAACAGGAUGCUGGAGUCAUCUGCAAAAAUUCUUCUUUGCCAUCUCAUGACGGACGAGUGCGGUUGUCUGGAGGGAUGGAGUGUGAGGGGGAGGUGGAGGUAUACUUCAGGCAAAACUGGACACGAGUUCUGCUGGACUCCACGAGUGAGUCUGUGACCUCUGUGGUCUGCAGACAGCUGGGCUGUGGCUCUGUGAUCAGCUUCUCCAAUUCCUCUACAUCCAGUCCUGAACACAGACACAUGUGUGUGACGGGUUUCAAUUGUUCUGGGAGUGAAGCUCAUCUGAGGAACUGCAGGAGUGCACAAGAAGUCAACUGCAGCUCCAGAGAACAGCUCUCAGUCACCUGCUCUGGUAAGUUUAAUUCAGCUCACAGAUCCAUCAGGCUGGUUGGUUCUGGGGGAGACUGUGCAGGAAGGCUAGAGGUUUUACACAGUGGCUCAUGGGGGACAGUGAGUGAUGACUUGUGGGAUAUUAAGGAUGCGCAGGUGAUCUGCAGACAGCUACAGUGUGGAGUGGCCCUCAGUGCUCCGGUACCAGCCUGGUUUGGACCUGGAACUGGACAUGUAUGGCUGAAUGAGGUGGAGUGUGAGGGGAACGAGACGUCCCUGUGGAACUGCACAUUUCAGCUGUGUGGAGAGGAUGAAUGUGGACACAAGGACGAUGUAGGAGUCGUGUGUUCAGAGUUUAAAGAAAUAAGGCUCACUGAGGGCUGUGAGGGGAAUCUGGAAGUGUUCUACAAUGGAACGUGGGGUAAUGUGUGUGUAAAUGGGAUGGAUGAAGAAACAUCAACUUUAAUCUGUCAAGAGCUGAACUGUGGAAGAUCUGGCAGUGAGUCUUUUGCCAAAGCAAGAGUGGAAUCAGCUCCUAACUGGCUGGACAAUCUGAAAUGUAGGGGUCACGACUCCACUCUGUGGCAAUGUCCAUCUUCACCCUGGAGACAGAAUAACUGUGAUAAAAACAACGAGGUGGCUAAAAUUACCUGCUCAGGAGAGAGAAAUGAUCGUGUGUUACGAAGCCAUCUGACAUGUUCUUCAUCUCCUCAUCACAGACAGUGCUCAAAUCACCUUCCACUCAGGCUGAGGGGAGGAAAUGGAACCUGCUCUGGGAGGCUGGAGGUGUAUCAUAAUUCUGACUGGGGGUCUGUCUGUGAUGAUCUGUGGGACAUCAGGGAUGCUCAGGUGAUCUGCAGGCAGCUGGGCUGUGGGCCGGCGCUGAGUGCUGAUGGGAGUGCUGUCUUUGGUGCUGGUGAAGGGUCUAUCUGGCUAAACAGAGUGAAGUGUAGAGGGAAUGAGAUUCACCUGUGGGACUGUCCCCAUUCCCUGAAGGAACACACUGACUGCUCCCACAGGCGGCACGCUGGAGUCACCUGUGCAGACAUAUCUGCACCUUCUACUGCUGCACCCAUAAUUACAACCACAACCUCCACCACCACAGGACAGAAGAAAACAACCACUCCUCCACAAACUCUUCUAGCACCAGUUCCGUCCAUCUAUCCAGUGUCUCUCCUGGUUCUGGGAGUGGUGUGCUUCUUGGCCUUAGUGCUGUUGGUUGUGCUGUUUUACCAGAACAGAGUGCUCAGGAGAGUGCUCUCUAGGAGGAGAAAUAAGACUCUGACUGAGGCAGUCUAUGAGGAGAUUGACCGCAGAUACGUCACUAAAAGAAAUGACUCGACUCAAAGAAGAAGUGUCUUCUCUGAUGAACAGCAUUCAGGAUAUGAGGAUGUGGAUGAGGAGCUUCUCUCAGGAAGUGUCUUCUCUGAAGAACAGCAAUCAGGAUAUGAGGAUGUGGAUGAGCAGCUUCUCUCAGCAAAGUCUCUGACUGAAAUAAAGGCAGAAUAUUAUGAUGAUGUCACCACCAGUGGUCUGAUAAGUGACUCAGCAAAAGAGAACACAGCAGAGAGCUAUGAUGAUGUCAUCACUGCUGGACAGAUCUCUGAUAGUGUAGCAGAAGACAUGGCAGAUAACUAUGAUGAUGCUGUUACUGCUGGACCAAACUCCAACAUUAUGACAGAGGACACACCAGAGAACUAUGAUGAUGUCGUCACAGCUGAACAGGAUGUAGGAGGGGUAAAAGACUAUGAUGAUGUGGAGGAGGAGCCUCAGACAGAGAUGAAUCAUGUGACUGAGAGACCACAGCCAGUGUCUUUCCUCAGGAAACUACAUUCAAACCUCUUCAAGCUCAAGAAAUGAUUUUAUCAUCAAUCACAAGGUUUAUGGAGCAUAAAUGAGAUAAAGUGGCUUAAACAUCCCCUAAUUGAUGUAAACCAAUUACAGUUAUAAAUUACACCUUUUUGACAAAUUGAGUUUUUCCAAACUUAGAAACAUUUACUGACACAUCUCACCUCAUUAAGUUAUUCCAUCAGAAUGAUUAUGAUCUUACUUUGAUCUCUUAAUCCAACUUUUUUAUCUUCAUUUUGUGUCUGAUGUGAUGAAGGUCAUCAGUUUUCAAAAGCUUCCUUUUUUAAUUAAAGUUUAAGGAAAUGAUUGUUUUGGACUGAAGCUCUCAAGUUAAAGGUGUGUUGAUUUUCACUGUAGAUCAUUUUGAGGGUGAAGAACUGAAAGAUGUUCUGGUCAGAAGUGAAAGUUCAGUGAUCUUCAGUCAGAAACAGGAAAGUUCUGUUUCACUGAAACUGACUUGUAUAACAGCUUUCUAUGAUCAGUGUUAGCACUAAAAUCAAGCAGCCACUUCAUGACUGUUUAUUGUAUUUGUUUUGAUCAUCCCUUUAAUAUAAUAACAUAAUAAAAUAAUCAGUAGUAAAACAUAAUUAAUCACCCUAUGUUGUUACUUUUGUUUUUUUUUUAACCCAAAUAAAUACAAUG